AUGGCAGAUGGCUUACCAAGUUUCUGGGGCCCUGUCACAGCUAACACUGAGUGGUGUGAGCAGAACUAUGUCUACUCUUCCUAUAUUGCAGAGUUCUAUAACACUAUCUCAAAUAUCUCCUUCAUUCUUUUGGCACUCAUUGGUCUUGUAAAUGCCUUGAGACAACGAUUUGAGAAAAGGUUUAGUGUCCUUCACAUAUCGAAUAUGAUUCUUGCCAUUGGAAGCAUGAUGUAUCAUGCCACGUUGCAGCAAGUGCUUAUAACAGACGCUGAUUGGAUUUUGCUGUUAGAGCAUAUAUUGGGCAUAGAAGGAGAGUUUGGGGCAGGAAGUAUGCUGAGGUCCGAUGGAAAGGCUGGAGAUUCGAGGUUAUUUGUUGUUGAGGUGUUGGACUGGUGUAGGGGCACUUCUAGCUUCCCUUGGAAGGGCAUAUGGAGUGCUAAUGUGCCGCCAAGGUGGUUUUUUCAAUCAUUGGGUGUGCUGGGGCUGGGGAAUGAUUUUGAAAUUAUAUUCAGGCAACAGCAAUUUGAUGAAACACCAAUGGUGUGGGAAAUGCUCCUGUAUCUUUACAUCCUAUAUUCGCCAGAUUGGCAUUACCGGAGUACAAUGCCCACUUUUUUGUUCCUUUAUGGUGCAGUUUUUGCAGUAGCGCAUUCACAGGGUCAUGCUUUGUGGCAUGUCCUUAUGGGUUUUAACUCAUAUUUUGCAAACACAUUCAUGAUGUUUUGCCGUGCUCUACAACGGGGAUGGGAUCCAAAAGUAAAGCACUCAAUGGGAUUUUUCCCCUAUGUGAAGAUUCAGAAACCCAAGAUCCAGUGA